AUAGAGGUUCCCUAUAUAAGCCCUGUAAUCUGGCAAUGCUUUGGCAGUGAUUUGAUGUCAGGCCUAGGGCCAAAGACAAGAGACUGUUUCUAGUUUGUGAUUUUUUUUUCUGAAAUCUAAAGAUGUGCAGAUACACCAGGCUACCAGUGAUGGAGCGAUGUGGCCCUCACAAGUGGCCCCCUCUACAUAAGCUGAGGGUGGGCGUACCAGCCACCCCCGCCCCUCAAAGCCUGGACAGUCUCACUGACGUUUGUCAGGAUAUUUUCAGGCUAGCCUCAGACAUCGCAUCAGGCCAGAAAAAAGUUGUUUUGUGUUGGUCAUUUGGAGGACAAGGAGUAACAUUAGAUUUGUGUGGAGCCAAGGCCACUACUCUUCUCUGUGCCAUUGGGAUCGGGUUUGGUAUUGGGAGUUAUCUUCUAUAUAAGCUGUACUGUAAACUGUUUCCAUCUGACCCCAAGGAUCCGGAACCAGUAAAAACAGCAGAUAAUUACUGCCAUCGGGACAAAAGUAACAAUGUGCAUGCAGAUAGUGAAGAGGAUGAUAUGGGAAAUUCCGGCUCCAGUGAAACUGUACCAGUUCGUUAUAAUGCUGUAAACGGAGUGCAGUUUGGUAGCUGCCGUACCAGAAACCAAGCAACAAGUCCAAUCCUCGUAAGGCAGCGCAGACCUUCAAAGAAUCGACGACACAGAAAAAGUUCAGAGGAGGAAGAGGAGGUCCUCCUUCUGAAUUCUCAGGAGGACAGUUCCUCACAGGCUCUGGAGGAUUCGGUUGAUCGGUUUAUCCACAGUGCCUCAGACUUCAGUGGAACAGAACCAAACAGUGGGUCACUCAAGGGGAACCUGAGCCUCAAGUCGCUGUAUGAACGAAACUAUAAAUAUGGGUUUGAUGAACAUUUUCAGUCGAAUAAACCCCAUCUUUGUGAAUCAUCUGGCGAUAGUUUACAGAUAGAAAUUUCUAGUUCUCAGGAUGUGUUGACAGUCAGUAGUGUUUUGUUGACUCCGCCCUCAGAUGAUGAUCGCAACAAUCAAAACGAGGAAACCGUUUCAAGUGAACAUAAUAAACCUAGUGUGACAUUUUCAGAAAACAUUCCAGAUCUCAUUUCAAACUUGUCACCAACAGAUUCUGAGCAUUUGAUUGGUAAUGGGACUGACUCCAAUGUCAUAGACCAAGCAAGUUCUCUUUGGCAAACAACAGAUAGUUCUAACCAUACAUCUCCAUUCCACUCCAGUGGAAGUGCCAAACUCUUCAGCAACUACACAACAGAUGUUUCAGGAAAUUUAAGUUUCGAUGAUGAUGAGCAAGACUCUUCUCCUUUACACAAAGCCAAAUGUGUAGAUGGCCAGUUUAGGCAGACCCUACUUCAGAGACUUCAUGAAAUCAACACAUCGAGUACAUCGACAUCUGUAAAUUCUUCGCCUGAAGCUUCUCCUGUUAAGUAUGCUAGGAGUAACAGUUGUGAAAGACAAGAGAGUUUGUCUGGAAUGAGUGAAAAUGAGAUUUUUACCGGGUCCGCUCAAGUAGGCCAAGAAACAGGAGAGUAUUUCGAAGAAAUUGAGCAUGAAGUGGAUGAUAUUGUUGAUGAAUUUGCUGAGAUUACUGCAAAACUGGAUGAAUUAAAACAGUUGGCAGCAAAACAUUCCAGUGAGGAUGAGAUGGAGUACACUCCGAGUGACCCACUCGCCAAAAAAGCAUGUGACUUUGUUGAGAGGACCAGGGAGAAACUCCAUCGCUCACAAAGUGAUACAUCGUUGAGUGAAAGUGCAGUAGACACAGAUGGAAUUGAUCUCUCCUGGGAUAGUGAAGGUCAAAGUCAAAUCAAGGUCCUGCUGAAACGCAUCAACAGUCUUCCUUCCAAAAUGGUCACUGAAUCUCAGGAAUCUUCUGAAAAUGUUAUAGAAGAGACUUCUAACACUAGUGACAAGAAAAUCUCCACAUCAGAUGGUGCUAUAAUAUUUUUAUCUGACAAUUUGCAAACAUGUGAUAAACUUAUUCUUGAUGACAGUGACAUCUGCAGUGACCAGUAUGAUCAAGGGCAGACAACUCUGGAUGAGCUGGAUACAGAUAGUGCCUUUGAUAUGGAUCCUGCAGAGCUGGUGUCAUCUAGAGAAUUAUCCCCAGGAUGUCUAAAUGUAGGACCAAAACAGGAUGUACUGGAAUACUGUAAGAAAGAAUGGAGGGGAAACACCAGGCGAGCUUCAGUAAUGUUGAAGGCAUAUGAAGAAGUACCUAGUGUGACUGGAUGUAGACAUCUACACCAAAUCAGGGGAGACAACUACUGUGGGAUUAGAGGAACACUUUUACAGUGCUUCAUUCAGAAUAUCAAUGUUUUAUCCAAAUGGAACAGUGCUGAAUCUGUUAUAAACAAAUUACAAACACUCUACAGAAAUCCAAACUCAGGUCUUUCACACUGGACUUUUGCACACCGUAUUCCCUAUAACAAGAAAGAUAAAUUACUGACCAUGUCAGAAUGUGUUCAAUGUCUUUUUAAAAAGUUUAGUGAGUGUCAGAGUCUUUCACCUGAUGAAGAGAGGACCAGCUGGCCUGUAAAUUUACUGAAUCAGGACACAAAAGCUGAUCUGCAGUGUAUGGAGGCCAUCAAACUCCUCAUGGUCCUCGAGGCCCAUUCCCUGUAUGAGGCAUCUCAGAGGGGAGAAGAGGUCCCUGUGUUUGUAUGGCUGUUGUUUGCCAGAGACACCUCAGAAAAUCUAGAUAGCCUUGUGAAGAACCACAUCAAUCCAGUAGGAGAUUCUGGGGGGCUAGAACAGAUAGAGAUGAUUUUACUGGGGUAUACAUUAGGAGUUACAAUUAAAGUACUGAGACUACAGCAGCAUCUAGAGGAGGAUUUCCUCACGUACUACCCCGAUGACAUGAAGGAUUCCUGGCCACAUGUUGUGCUGAUCGCGGAAGACGACAGACAUUAUAAUGCACCUGUGGUUUGAUAAUAAAGAGUGCUGUAACUUCCUAUGUGUAAAUGCUCUGACAGAGACAUUGUUGUAAACGUGAAGAAAGUUAAGAACACUGAAAGCAGUGACUGUUCAUGUCAACUCGCCUGGAGACCUUGCCAUUUGGAAGAUAACAUUUAGCUGUGGUUCCUUGUUUGUUUAAUGAAUACUUUAUGCAAAUUACCUGAGCUGUUGUACAGCUCAGUGAUGAAUCAUGUGAUGUUUUAUGUUGUCAGACAUGUACAAAAAAUAUGUCUGAAACAUCUACUUUAAUAGAGAUUUCAGUAUUUACAAAUGUAUAGUAUACAUGAAAUUCAUACUCAUGAUCAAAAUCAAAUCAAGCUACUCAUCACUUACUAGUCGAGUACAUGUACCAUGUUUUUAUCUCCAGAUAGAAUGACAUUUUCAUAAAAGGGUAAAACUGAAAAUGGACCUUGAAGCUUUUUUAGUUUGAAGAUUGUAACCUGAAUGCAUGUGUCGAUCAGAGUGAUUGUAACAAGAAUAUGUUUAGUAUUCUUAUUUGCAAUAUUUGAACAGUUUAACACUGUGACAUUAUUGAAGCUUUAUACUUAGUCUUUAAAGGGAGAAAGUCAUGUAAAAGUCUCACUGCAAAGGUUACUUAAAACUACUCAUCAUUACAAUAAAUGAGUUUGUUUGAGUUUGUGAUACAUGAAAUGCUUUACUCACUGCUUUCCAUGUCCAUUAAUACAAGCAGAACGGGGACCCCAUUUGUAAAGUAGAUAUUUAUUUGUUAGGACCAGCUUUAUUGUCUACUAGAUUUGUUCUCCUUCACACAAUUAUUGACAAUUUCGGAAGGAGGUCAAAUGAAUAGACAAAACACUGUUGUAUAAUUUUGUACAUGCUAUACAUUUUUAAAGACAUAUUUACAAUGUCUUUUACGUAAAUAUUGUUCAUCCAAAAUUUUGAAUGUACAUUUUGUACAUACAAGUACUUAAAGCAGGUAUUGAUUAUUAUUUAACAUCUUGAAAAUUUAGACUCUAACAAUAUUUAAAACAUAUAUUUACUAUAUUUAACAAAACAGAUGUAACUGUGUUAGGCGUUAUUAUAGACUGCUGAAAAAGAAGUCAGUGUUCAUUAUUUCCAAGUGUUUUACCAGGAAGUUUUCAAUGCAGUACAAAAGGGGAACAAAUUCUGCACUGAAUUAUACCUCCUAAACUUGGAAAUGUGUAGAUGUUUAUGUAAUAUGUAAUAAGCUAUUAAUGUUACAUGUUUGUGUGUUCCACUGUAGCCUAUAAGGUUAUUUUUAUUUUUAAAAUGUUUGUUUGAUUUUUAAAAUGUGAACUGGAUAAAUGAUUCAGUAAACUAAUACACAUGGAGCUGUUCA